UUAAUUUAUUUCGUUAAUUUAAAUAUUAAUUUGGAAGGUCCUCAUAUUUUCUCUAACGUCUCAAAUAUCACGGCCAACUGAUGUAAUUAACUCGUAAAUAACUUAAAAAGAGCAAAAUAUUUGACGAGUAAACAAUUAGUAAAACUUGCCGUUAACCCCAUACAUGGGCAUUAACCGUUAAUUCAUCCAACUUGCAAAACCCUAGUUAUCUAAUACACAACACGUUAUUUCGCAAACACAGAUCAUCUUAACGUAUCGUUAAAACCGUCCACUUUCUCGAGCGAGCAACUCGUUAGUUAUCUCCACCAAACUUUCGUCAUAACAUAGCGCACACAAUUAAAAUAUCGCGGUCACCAACCAUCCACCCUUCCUCAUUCCAUCCCUCGCUGGUGCAAAAACCCACUUUCCGGCGUCUUGUGAGUGAAAACCGCCUCUAUUUCCCCUCCACUUCGGCCCAUCCAAAGCCCCCUUCUUGUCCCAUUCAGUCCCAGCAGCUGUUGGUAAUUUCAAACCCAGUCAACCAUGCGCAGUGAAAGAUGUCGGACGCGUGUCGGACUUAGUGCACAUUGUUGUCGUGAUGGGUAAACCCCGGAAAAGUGAGCGAAAAAUGGCCGACUUGAUAACAGAAAGGCGCAAAGGCGGCGACCACCUGAAGCGGUCCAAGUCCGUGCGGGCGUCUUUGAAACUCAUCGGGGGGCGCUUUCUCAAGCACCACGACAAGGACGCCAUGGAGAAGACGCCGCACUUCUACCCGGGGUUCUUCCCGGCGAGGGAGCCGGUGGAGACCAUCCUCAAGACGCCCAUGGAGCCGAAGAAGGGGCGCAAGAAGGUGGUGACGACGCCGCCGGCGGUUGUGGCGCCCAAAGCCGCCCAGAUUUUGCAAAUUCCGAUCAAGGAGAACUUCGAACCCAUCAGCUUGCAGCCUGAUGGGUGCGAGGGGAUUCCUCGAGGGAUUGGAAUGGAAUGUCACCGUCAAGGACGCUACGGAGAAUUCGGUUAUGAUUAUAGACAGAACGGUUUUUGUAAAAGUACGUUGAGGCUGUCCAUUACGGCCUCCAGGAGGAAGAGGAAUGCCUCGUUUUCGUCCACGUCCAAACUCCCUCCGGUGCCUAGCGACUCUGAAAUGGAGGUGGCUAGCCUGCCGACAAACUUACCCCCAAUAGGGCACAAACCUAGUAAAAAAGAAGCGAAAUUGAUGCAACAACGUCUCGAACGUUUAGCAAAGGUCAACAUACAUUUACACGCCCUUUUUGCCGCCGUGGAGCACGGCCAUUUGGAGAAGGCCCGCACCAUUUUGGAGUCGACUGACGUCGAUGUGAACAGUUUAAACAAUGACGGUCUCUCCCCCCUCGAUGUCGCCGUCUUGAGCAACAACCGACCCUUGGUGAAAAUGCUCGUCGGUUUCGGGGCCAAAGAGGGACAUAGAUUUUCAAACCCCGACAAGUUGGGUUCUCACCUCAAACAACUGCUCGGAGAGGCCGAAAUGCGGCUCCAGGAGCUCGGGGGGCUACUGGAAGAGCCUUGUGGGGCCCCACUUAACACCAGAGCUUCCUUUUCUAGUAUCAUAGGAAAUGCGUAUCCUACAUCAGCCAUGACGGGCUGUGCAGGAGGUGAUAAUGAUAAGCAGGCGAUUGCGUGGGGGCGCAGAGCUAAAACGCUCAAAAGACUGGUUCUGGGCUUUGCCCAAGCCAGGCCCCCUGACCCCCCGUCGCUCGUUGCCCUGGAUAUAACGUCCCUUUCGUCGGUUGCAAUGAGACUGCAGGAGCCAACAACGAACGAUUCGCCCAUCACGACCAAAUUUAAAGUCCAAUGGUCAACCCGCCCCGACUUUAGCAUAAUUUCCGGCGAGAAAGAACUUUUGGACAUGUCCAAGACCUCUUGUACCAUAGAACUGACACAGGGUAGACGGUACUACUUUAGGGCGGCUUGCGGUAACCUGAAAGGCUAUGGUACCUUUCUAACUUCGACCCCAUCAUCGGUCGUACCGUCCAGUUGGCGCGAAGUUGACAACAAAAAAUCCAGGUUUGAUGGUAGACUUCGCCAGCUGGAGCACCUCAUGGAGGAGGUGCGCCAGGUGCGCCCCGGCAGCGAAAUCCUCGAAACCCCCAACCCCCAACGCCGCACCCAGCGCAAGAAGACCACCAUCAAGCAACUUUUCACCGCCGCCAGCAAGUUCCAGAAGAACCUCCGUCGUGGCAUCUACCUUGCGUGCAUCCUCUACCACGAGGACAAGGUCCUGGUGACCAACGAAGACUUUUUGCCUGUGAUAGAAAUCGACGAGACCUUCCCCAGCUGCAUCCACACCGACCUCCACUGGCUGAUGAAGGUCUCGUGCAGUUGGGACGACACCAAGUCACUGCGUAGCGACAUGGAGAAGAACGCCUCUUCAGCCAUACAUUUCCGGACCAAACUCCUAUCAGCUGUCCUCCAGAUGCAGUCCUCGCUCUGUCUGCAGGACCUGGGCCAGCUGUACUACCGGCCGUUGCGGGACUCGCAAGGAACCGUGGUCCUGAGCACCGUCAAUUACGUGAAAACGCCCAAAAGUGUGUCGGUUUUGAAUUCGAGGUGGUUGCCGAUGAAUAAAGUCUUCAAGAAGAUGGUGCUUGGGGACGACCAUAGCAUUUCGGAGGUUCUGAUGGCCUCCAUACAGGAACAGAUCAAUUACCACCAAGUGUCCAGUUUGAAGCUCACCAAAGGCCUGUAUCUGGCCUAUUUGAAGAUGCAGAGUUCGGUGGACUUGAUCCAGGUUGUGGUUUCGGCAAAGUCGCCCAAUAUGUUGCCGCAUUGCAAGAUUAGGGACAAUCCGCAUGUUUCUGCGGACGAGUGGGAAUAUUUGAAGCAACAACACCUCCCCGACUUGACUGACAACGCCACCGAACAACAACGAACCUUCCUCGAGCUGGUGACAAGUGCCGCCAAACGCCUCUUCAACUACAUGGACAUUAGCAGUGAAGAAGCAAGCAGUCAUCGCUUGUACGACACUGAAGUAAUAGAUUUGACCGACGAAGUCAGUUUUAUAGUAGUAUGUCCUUCGGCGGAAUUCUCCUGUUCCGUCCCCGGCCAGAGGGAGAUCCUCCUCCAAAGAGGCGACUUGCUCAGCCUCCCGAUCCAAGUCUUCGAAAUGAUCCACCUCAACACGUACCAGAACAGCAUCAUCAAGAAGUACUCGAAACUGAGCUGCCUCCUGGAGCUGGACGCCGCCACGGCCAACCACCUCCACCGCGAAGCUUUCUCCAACAGCGAGGUGGCCAUCGCCAAGGAGCGCUUAACCAGGUUGCAAGACCUCCAGUCCAAGCUGAACCAGAUCUGGAAGACAGUCCGCUGGCUAAUGGACGUGAUCACGUUCGCCCGUGACCGCAUCACCUGCGGCAUCUCCAUGCGCUACAUCCUGGACAAGGAGAUCGGCUGCUCGAGCCCCAAGCGCAGCCUCCUCCAGAUCCCGCCGCGCGACAGCAAGGUGGUCAAGAGCACCCCAGGCCGGGGCUCCUGGCCCGGCCCCGGCAGCACCACCGCCAUGAUCAACCCCCCCAACUCGCUCAUGAACGAGUUCAGCAAGAGCGAGCAACAUCUGAGCACCAACGAAGCGUCCUCCCAGUAUUUGAGUGCUUGCAGUGAUACAGAGUCGCGCAAAAACAGUGACAGUUACAAUAGUGAUUUUUUCACCGAAAGGCUGCCGCCGUCACGUAGUGAGGACAUGUUGUUUGCGAUUCCGACGACUUCGAGUCACCGGUGUCGUGCUAGUACUAUCUCGAGUGUUUCGGCAACUACUAGUCCGCUGCUAAGUGUGCGACCGCUGUAUGGCGGGAGUAUGAUCAGUGUUAACACCAUCAAUACGACCAAUACGUCGGAUAGUCUUCAUAGUUUAAGUUCGGAUAGUGAGGGGAAUCCCAUCACUUCGACUCCGCAUAAAAUCAAAAGUCGGCCCAAGAUGGUGCCGUCGCGCAGUAUGACCAACGUCAAGCAAAAUAUACUAGAGGUAAGUACCAAAUCGGAGCGCUACCGCCCCAAGCACCUCAACCUGGAGCCCAACCUGGAGUCGGGCCUUUCGAAGAGCCUCUCCAACCUCAUGAGUACCACCACCGUGAAGCCCGACCCCGACCCCCUUUUCAAAGUACCAUCAACCAGUACCAAAGAACUCCAAUCGGGCAUCCUCCAGGUGUUCGCCGCUUACGAGACCGGCCUUGCUAGUGGCACCUCCCUCAAGCUCCACGUCACUCCCCGAACCACAGCUCGUGAAGUCGUGGACCUGGUGGUGAAGCAAUUGAACAUGGCCGUGGUACUGAAGGGCAAAGACGGCCCCAUUUACCCUGCAGACAAAUUGAAAAACUUCUGUCUUGUUGCUGUGAUCGGUGCCAGGGAGCGCUGCCUCCGGGACGACUUUAAACCCCUCCAGUUGCAAAAUCCCUGGAAGAAGGGAAGGUUGUACGUGCGGCAGAAGCACGACGUUCUGGCCGCGUUGGAGCACAGCAGCAAACACAGCGCUAUUAUUUAGGAGAGUUGGACUUUUUAAUAAAUUCCGUGGUGCUAUCGAGGGUCACAAAAUCUUAUGAUUGUUGUUUGUUGCCUAAGUGAAACCUGAUUACGUUGUAUGAACUGUGAUGAUAAGAUUGAUAUCAAAAUUUUCUAAUUCUCCAUCCAUUUUUGCGAAUUUUGUGCAAUAGAUUUCGUUCCGACGUCCGACUGUUGCUCAUCUCUUGGGUUUUUCGAGGAUUAUGAACACCAAUGACGAGUAUUAACUGCUAAAUGUUGGUAGUUUAGAGAUUUUCAAAUAUAUAAUGCGUGUUAUCCAGAAAUGUGCUACUAUCUUAUUCACUAGGUCCAUAUCAUAGCGUUUAUGUGUUCAUGGAUUUCUUGGGCGGUUUUGUUCGUUUCGCGCUGAACUUUUUAGUACAAAUCUUCUAUUGUGUUACGUAAUUUUCUAAGUGUAUAGAGAAAGUCUAUUGAAAUACAGUGCAAUUAAAAAAUAUGUUUGUAAAUACAAUUCAGACACGUGGCUAGGCUAGGAAAGGUAUUUUUUCAAUGCAUUGUAUGACUGUUGUAAUGCACAAAAUGUCUUGAAAUGUUGUGUAAUAUAGAAGAGUAAAUAAAUAUGUUAACAAAU